AUGGAAGUCCAAAUCACUGAUUCGGAAGAGGUCGAAGAUUGGUUGAAGAAUAGCGUUGGCAGGCCUAGGAGAAUACUGGCGGUGCUCUACAGAGCAGGCGCGGGUGCUAAUUUGGGUGGCGCUGAAUCACGCCCGCUGAACCGGGCAUUCCCUCAUAUCGAAGAAGACGAUUAUACCAUGAUCGAUAUUCCUGCAGAGGACUCUGAUUACGAGGAGGGAAGCCACCACAUCAAUGCUAAAGGACUGAGGGUAUAUUUACCCAGAACUGAUGCCAGUAAUCAAAGGCUAAUCCAGACUCUUGUUAGACGUCGAGAUAGACAGCAGGAUGCUAUCAACGACUCAGACCCCAAAUACCUGAGGAAGUAUCCUUUGGGUGUUGGGGUUCCUGACCCGAACUUUGUACAGGGAGUAAUCUGGAUGCCUGCCAGGAUAGCAGCCAAGAGAGCUGCUGACGCACUCGCGGCUGCUGGUGGUGGAGGCGGUGGUAGUGGAGGAGGCGGCGGUGGUGGUGGAGGCGGUGGCGGUGGUGGUGGUAAUCCUCCUCCGGGCGGACCUCCGGGCGGUGGUAAUCCUCCUCCGGGCAGACCUCCGGGCGGUGGUGGUGGUGGUGGUGGUGAUGGUGCUGGUAGUGGCGGCGGUGGUGGUGAUGGCGGGCAUCAUUAG